AUGGCCGGGAAUCGAACCCGGGUCAACUGCUUGGAAGGCAGCUAUGCUCACCACUAUACCACCAUCGCUGUGUUCUUGGUGCAUAAUGGUGCUGCUGAGGAAGCAGGUCUGAUGGUGGGAGAUUACGUCCUGGCUGUGAAUGGGAUCGAUGUGACCAGCAUUCCUCACUCCGAGGCCGCUGAUUUAGCCCGACAAGGUCCAGACAUCCUGACUCUGACCAUCGGCUCGGACAUCGCCCGGGGUCCCAACACGCCCCGUCCUGCAUGUCGGGGUUACCUCCACAAGCGGACGCAGAGCGGCCUCAUCAAAGGCUGGAGGAAGAGGUGGUUUGUUCUCAGACACGACUGCUGCCUUUACUACUACAGACACAAGCGGGACGAGGGCAGACGGCGGGCUCUGUCCGUGGUGAAGCUGGAGGGGGCCGAGGUGGGGGCGGACACCUCUCUGGGGAAACCUUUCGUCUUCAGGUGUCGGCCUCAGUCUGGUCAGCGAGUGUUUUUCUUCUGCGCCACCUCCAACCAGGAAAUGAAGCGGUCAGUAAACCACAUCUGA